AGAAAGAGGAAGAGUCUGAAAUCCUCCUUCGCUUCAGUAGGAUUCAUUUUUCUUGUCUGCAAUCCAGCUCCCCAGCAAAUAACGUUGCAUGUGCCCUUUACAUUUAUUCGUCAGCUAAAGUGGCUACAGAAUGUCAGAGUUUCCUCAGCUUGAGCUGCGCAGUCCGAAUGUGGCUGUAAUCUGGCUUGGUGACAGCGAGAAUCGCUUUAGAACGGACUAUUUGAAAAGACUGAAUGGCCUGCUGGAUACGAUCCUAAACGAUGACAAAUAUGGUGAUUGUACUAUGUUAGUGACUUCAGGCAAGGGUCGGUUCUACUCCAACGGCAUAGACCUGAAUUGGCUAGGAACACAGGACAGCCAGGGACAGAAAGAGUUUGUCGCAUUGGUCCAGCACUCGCUGGCACGCUUCCUGGAAUUUCCGCUCGUCACCGUGGCAGCCGUGAACGGGCACGCGUUUGCCGGUGGUGGAAUGCUGGCUCUUGCGCACGAUGGACGCGUCAUGUCGUCCAAGCGAGGCUGGCUCUCAAUGCCGGAAGUUUUCUUGCAGCUCCCGUUUCGUCCCGGCAUGUUGGAACUUCUACGGUGUAAGGUACCGCUCACGGCGCACCGCGACUUCAUCGUGCUGGGCCAUCGUUUCACUGCAGAACGUGCCAAGCAAGCUGGUCUAGUGGACGUUGUCACAUCCACCAGUAACUCACAGGAACUUGUUCAGCAAGGAGUCGAGCAAGGCUUACAGUUACAGGGUGGCCGUGACAUGAUGCGUGACUCACUGGCCAUGAUGAAAUCUGACAUGUAUGCCACGGCUUCGAAGGCUCUCCGAAACGACGACGGCCUCCCGGACCCUAGGAUUGCACACCUCUUCGCCAAGCUGUAGAAAAGCGCUGCGUGAGUGAAACUUUCCACACGUACAUACCCCACACACAUGAUGAGUUGAUAUUGCACUUGAAGUGACGGGAUCACUUCGGGCAAGUUUCAAGAGGCUGGAAACGUAAGGAGUGCCCUUCGAACGUACUGACAAACAUGCUCACUGUGUCAGUCUAGAAGCGCAUGACCCAGCAUGACCCAGCAUGACCCAGCAUGACCCAGCAUGACCCAGCAUGACCCAGCAUGACCCAGCAUGACCCAGCAUGACCCAGUUCCAGUGAAUGAUCACGGUGCUAGUGUCUUUCAACAGACAUCACUAUUUAGUAUUUUCCCUCCUCCCGUCCUGACACGGCAAGGGCCAGUACCACUCUGAUGCAGAAUGUCUGUCAAAAGGCAGUGGUGCAACCCCCCCCCCCCACACACCAUGUACCAACACACUUACACACUUACACACACACACACACACACACACACACACACACACACACACACACACACACACACACACACACACACACACACAUGGACGUAUUGUGAGAUGACUGAGAAAUAUUUACUCUUUUGCUAUGUGACCUCUGCAGUCUUCUACAGUGUAAAUAGGAUUGUGUCUUUUUGAGCCUCUAAUCUAGCUUCAAUGUUUUAGUGUUUUAGUGUUUUGCCAUUAGGCGAGUUGUAGUAAUUGGAUAGAUCAUUCUUUUCGCUGGCGAGAAGAAAGCGUCUUCGCCAUCCUCUCAUACUUAGUGGACGUGUGGGAAACCUCAUGGAUAUUAUUAUAAUGUUUUAGAAUGUAUAUUGGAUUUACUUUUCCUAUUUCUUGUUAUUACGCUAAUGAUGGGCUGGGCCCGAAAUUUGG